GAUAAAGCUCCUGGGCGAUAACCAUAACAAUUGGUCGCGCUGUCGAUAACGACGACGUAAUGAGACCUCGUCGAACGGCCGUCGGUCGUACGGACAUUGUUGUAACUGUUCGCGACGGGCCUCGUGUGUGAAUAACAUUAACGGUGCGUUUACGCGUCUCGUUCGCAGGGCCUCGUCGUAGCUGCCGACCCGCCGCCGCCGCCGUGCCACCUCCUACCACACCGUCGAACGCCAUGAUGUCAUCGCCGUUGUUGUCCUCGGUACAACAGUGAAUUUUUUUUUACGGUGCUAGCAAAACACUGAAACAGUGUUUGUUUAUCCGUCGCCGACGCUCGUCGUGUGCGCCGCAGUUUUUCGAUUUCCGUUCAUAUUUGGCGUCUCCCCGCUUCGAAGUAGUUCGCCCCAAAGGUCCUACCGUCCCUUCUGUUGCGAUGGCGGACCAACAGCCUCAGGAAUCCGUGUCCACUACCGAAACCGCACCCGUCACCGCCGCUACCACCACCGCUGUAGAUAAUGAAAGUUCCGACGUUCUUCCGGUGACAGACGAUGUGGUGGAAAAAUCUACCUUUCUCCAGUCCGUUACCACCGUUGUUUUCAGUUUGGCCACCACAGCUCUGGUGUACGCGCUCGGAUACUGGCGUAUAGCCUCGGCCAGCACAUGGGUGGUGUUGCCGCUGAUGGCUUGUGUUCAGGUCGUUCGUGAUCGAUGGCGACAGGCCGGUCGGGUGAGACGCAGAAGAGCCCAAUUGUUUGCAACUUCUGAUGAAAAGGACCUGAUCGCCGCUAAUGUAUCUGAGCUUCCGUCUUGGGUAUUCUUCCCAGACAUCCAUCGUGCUGAAUGGCUCAAUCAAAUUCUCAAGCAAAUGUGGCCAUUAAUAAGUGUCUAUGCUCAAAAUACUAUCAAAAAGUCUGUAGAACCUAUGGUUGCUGAAAGUUUACGUGAAUACAAAAUCAACAAUUUUGCAUUCGACAAAUUACGCUUGGGAUCAAUAGCGCCCAAAAUUGGAGGUGUUAAAGUAUAUGAUAAAGUAUCACGUGAUCAAAUCAUGUUAGACAUUGAUGUCAUAUUUGCCAGUGAUUGUGAUAUUUCAUUCUUUGUGAGUGGAAUUCCCUGUGGCAUCAAGGACUUUCAAAUGCGUGGUAUGAUGAGAAUAGUAAUGAGACCACUACUUACCGUUUCACCUCUAGUGGGUGGAAUGCAGAUAUUUUUUCUAAAUCAACCAGACAUUGAUUAUGAUUUGAUGGGUGUUGCUGAUGUACUGGACAUGCCUGGACUUAAUGAUGUCUUAAGAAAAGUAAUUUCUCAACAAGUAGCUGCUACAAUGGUCUUGCCCAAUAAAUUGCCUAUAGUGCUGAGUAAUGAAAUUGCUACACAUAUAGUGAAGCUACCUGAGCCGGAGGGAGUCCUACGUGUUCACAUUGUUCAAGCCAAAAAUUUAGUGGCUAAAGACAUGAAGUUAAUAGGAAAAGGAAAAUCAGAUCCAUAUGUCACAGUCACAUUAGGUGCACAACAAUUUAAAACACCUACCAUAAACAAUGACCUGAAUCCUAAAUGGGAUUAUUGGUGUGAGUUUGCAUCUUUUUCGCCCAGAGGACAGGUUUUAAAGCUCAAACUUUAUGAUGAAGAUGAUAUGGUUGGCAAAAAGCAUUCAAAUCUAGGAAGAGCUACAUUACAAGUUGGCAGUGUUGCUAAAAUUGGUGAAGUGGACAAGUGGAUCAAUUUAGAAGAUACCAAACAUGGCAUGAUACAUGUGCGCUUGCAAUGGUUAGAAUUGACUUUAGAUAAAAAUGCAUUGAAAAGGGCAUUGACUGAAACUCAAGAAUUGCGAAUAACCAAUAUGAGUUCAGCUAUUGUGAUGGUGUACAUAGAUUCAGCAAUCAAUUUACCAAAUGCUCGAGCCCAAAGCAAACCGGAUCCAUUUGUUCGAGUUACAGUUGGGCAAACUUCUCAAGUGACUGUAGGAAAGUUGCGAACUGAAAGACCUGUCUAUGAACAGGGAUUCACAUUCUUAGUGAGCAAUCCUGAAACAGAUUCCAUCGAGUUUAAGGUUAUAGAUCAAAAGACUAACACUCAAUUAGGAUUAUAUGUUUAUGAAUUGUCAAAACUGUUGUUUGCAAAUAAGAUGCAAGUAGAACCUCAACCUUAUGAUUUGAUAAUUGAUAGUAAGAAUCAACAUCAUGAAAGCAAACUACUGUUUUGUUUGCAGCUCAAGUUCCUGAAAAAAAUGCCUAAAUUGGUUGAUAUCACGGACGGUGAAGAUAUUGUGACUAAACCAUUGUCAAGACAGACUUCUGUGCAGUCAAAUAAGUCUGUGAAUAGUGCUAUAACUACAGUUGAUGUAUCUGAGAAUCAAUCAUCACCUGUAAAUGUAUCAACUCCUACAGAAGCAAUGAGUAGGACGCCAUCAAUAAAAAGAGACUCAAUGAUAUCUCGUGGUUCCACUAGUGGUGCUGGUGAUCAAGAACCACUUAUUGAACAAACAGAAACAACUGAAUUGCUAUGUGAAUCACCUGAACCUUGUGGCACUGGAACCCUAGGCAGCAUAAAAAUAACUUUAGCAUUCUCAGUCACUAGACAACGUCUCAAUGUUACCAUACACAAAGUCGUAAAUUUACCUAUUAAAGAACCUUCGAACAUCCCUGAUCCAUAUGUCAAGCUGUACAUAUUACCCAAAAAAGAUAACAGUAAUACCAAACGUAAAACUGAAGCAUACAAAGACAAUUGCAACCCUGUGUACGAAGAAACUUUUGAGUAUAUUAUGGGUAUUGCAGAAUUAAACAGCAAACAAUUGGAGAUAACCGUUUUGACUAAGAAGACAUGGCAUAGCCCUGUCUUGGGUCAAGUGAUAUUGAACAUCAGUGAUUACAUCAAUGUCAAUAAUGUCAACUACACUGGAUGGUUCGACUUACAAAAUGAAAUUAAAGACAACACUGUUGCCUAAUAUUAGGAUUAUUACUAAAAGCAUACAUUUAAUCAAAAUUACCUGUGCUUAAUUAUUAAUGUUUAUUAUCUUACAAGUGUAAGAGUAAAUGACUAUUUUUGAUCAUAAUAUGAUAAAUUAUAUUAUGUUAUUGUGCUUUUUUUAUUCUUUUUCAUUGUUAAAUUUAUUUUAUUUUAUUUUAUUUUAUUAUUAUUAUUACUAUUAUUUUUAAAUUGCUAUUACUUAAUUGAGAAAAAUUCUACCGCGGACAAGUAUUAUAUUAUGUUAAACACAUUAAUUUACACUUAUAUUUACAGCUUUUCCUCGAUCAAAUUUACAAAUGUCGUCCUUUUGAUGUUGCUAUACAUUAUGAAAUUUUAUUUCCAUAGAAUAAUAUUCUACAUAUGUGUGUGCUGAUA